CUUUUUACAAAAGGAGAUGGUUACAAGCCUACUACAAGUAAAUCAUAUAGCAUUUUAGCAGUGCAUUUUUCAAAUUUUGUUCGCUUUGUUAACCUUUAGCCUACUGUAAUGGUAUUACCCAAACUGAAUGAUAGAUUAACCCAUCUUAGAAAUUUAAAGGUCAAUGCUGUCAAACCUGUUGCGAAGCAAACCUCCGAAUAGAUAAAAAAAAAGAUAACUAUAAACCCUGAUGCUAAAGACCACUAUUUUCUCUUUCCGUUUAGCGAUAAAUAGUGUAAAUUUACCUCCGUUGAGGGAUCACCUGUCGAAAAAGACAACUGUUUUAAUUUACCAAGGGUAGUCUGUACAGACAGGUUUGUCUUUCAAUAUGAAGGAUAAAAUAAUAUUGAGUAUAAAAAUUUGACUAUUUCUGAAGUCGUGUAUUUGAUAAACAAAAACAAAAUCAGGACCUACAUUAUAAUUAAUUUUGUUUUCAAAGUGUAUUCGCAGACUGGCGAUAACGCGGUGUUUACUGUAUCUACAAAGAAGUUUAAAGUGUCAGAACGUGUAUACGUAAGAUAACCUCAUAAUUUUGGAAAAACCCACAUUUCUACUUUUCAUUUGAUAAAACUGUAUUAAUUUUUGUGAUAAAAUAUGGAGGUAUCUGGACGUAAAACUUGUGAGCAAGGAUCGAAGGGAUAUAUAGAAAACGUCUGUAAACCGUGUGAGGAUGACUGUAAAAAUACGGCUGCUGACGGAUGGUGUCGACAAUGUGAGGAAUACAUGUGUUCCACUUGCUUCCGUCAUCAUCGUAAGGGAAAAUUUUGUAAAGAUCACGAAUUACUCGAUCACAGAAACAGUGGUAGUGUACCACAGAAAGCCAGCGCAUCCGACAAAGGAUUAGAAAAAUGUCGGCAGCACUUCAAAAAGUUGAUAAAGUUCUAUUGUCCGACUCACGGACAGGUUGGUUGCGGAGACUGCAUGGUUCUUGAACAUAAAGCUUGUAAUGUAGUGUAUAUUCCUGACAAGGCAAUCAUUUUUAAAGACAGCAAAGAGUUCGAAAACGUUCUCAAGGAUAUAGAAAGUUGUAGUAAUCAAAUUGAAGAAUGUCUGUCAUCAAUACAAACAAACAGAAAAGUAACCGAGACUGUAUAUGAACAAUUUAUUGAGGAUGCGGAAGCAUUUCGAGAUGAAAUCGUCAAUCAUGUAAAUAAACUUACGAGUGACAUAUGUAACCAAGUAGCCGAUAUCAAAUCAAAUAAUGAUGAUUCUUUAAGUAUGCUUGAGAAAGAGGCGCUUGUUAUAAGACACGAAAUAUCCUCAACUAAAGAGAUGCUAGAGUCUCAGAGGAAUCAACCAAACAAAUUAUUUGUUACGUCAAUACAGCUUCAACAGAAAUUGAGAAGCAUUAAAAAGAAAAUGGAUGCAACUGAGGAUCAGAAUAAAGCGGAAGCUUACAAUUUUAAAAGAAGUGAACAAAUUGAAAGUGCGAUGGUAAAAUGCAACCUAAUUGGUCUUAUUCAACGUAGUACUAGCUGCGAUGAAGUAGAUGCUGGAAAGCGUGAACACAGUUCACUUAUCCCAGAAAAGGCGAUAAAGCAGGAAACAGUCAAUGUGUCUAAAGCUCAGAGUUUAUUGGACCGGAAACUCAGAACUGACAACAUUCAUGUAGAUGGUGAUCAUCUUAGUUUUACUCAUGACAACGCUCUGCAGGAUGAUAAUGGUGUGUACAUACGUGAUGUCAAAAUGACGAAUGGGAGUUACUUUGAAGUCAAGAUAAUUAGAAGUGGUGGCAACGACAGUUCUGUAGGGAUAGGCCUUGUUCCUAAAGACUACCCAGAACAAUACUUUCCAGGAUGGGGAAAAAGUUCAGUCGGAUACCAUACAGAUGAUGGAUGCGUUUUCAUUGAAAAUACCUCUGGAGGAGAAUUGUUAGGACAACCAUGCCGUAAAAAUGACACAAUUGGGUGUGGAAUUACUAGCAAAACACUUUUGGGAGUGAACGUUUUCUUUGCCAUAAAUGGACGGAAGGUAGGGGAAAAGUUUCUACGUACACGGAGGUCUCUUUAUCCGGCUGUUGCUCUUGAUACUUCGGGACAGAAAGUUAAAGUUUCAUUUGACGCACUAGUGCCAUCUUUCCAAACGACUGAAUAGGUUAAAACAACUAUGAAUGAUAAAUGUGAAGGGGUGAAACUACCAUUAAGACUUUCCGCUAAAUGUUAGGAAAUUGUAAAUAAAAUGUUAUUACAUGGGGGGGGGGGGGGGGGGGGAGAAAGAGAGGUAGAGAAUGAGAGAAAUGUUUAAUACUUAAUCGCAUUCUAGCCAAAUGUCAUUUCUGAUUAACAUACUAUUUUCCCAUUUAUUAUUAUGUUUCUUAUUCGUAUGGUAUUUCGGCAUUCUCCAGCUAGUUUCGGCAUUCUCCGGCUAGUUUUGGCCUUCUCCAGCUAGUUUCGGCAUUCUCCGGCUGGUUUCAGCAUUCUCCGGCUGGUUGCUGGUAUGGUAUUAAUAAGAGUAUUUUAUGCAUACUUCAGACAUAAAAACAUGAAAACAAGCAAUAAAAAAAGAAGAACAAAACGUAAUCCUUCAUUGAUGUUGACCGAUUACAUCGGUAUUUUAUUCGGAACACACCGAUAUAACACAUUAUUCAGGGGAAUUUUGAUGAUGAAAGCUUUACUGUAGCGUUAAAGGUAGUUGUCUACGCGUCCGAAAACUGGUGAUAAUUGGUAGCAUUAAAGUUAGUUGUCUACGCGUCCGAAAACUGGUGAUAAUUGGUAGCAUUAAAGUUAGUUGUCUAUGCGUCCGAAAAAUGGUGAUAAUUGGUAGCAUUAAAGUUAGUUGUCUGCACGUCCGAAAACUGGUGAUAAUUGGUAGCAUUAAAGUUAGUUGUCUACGCGUCCGAAAACUGGUGAUUAUUUGUAGCAUUAAAGUUAGUUGUCUACAAUUUGGAUGUUGUUACACAGCCUAGUUCUUUUUUUAUUUAUUUGGGUUUUACGGCGCACCAACACAGUAUAGGUUAUAUGGCGCCAAAUAGGACUGCAAAUUUUGGUUCCACAUUUCAUUUACAUCGAAAUAAAAACAUGAGGUAUGGAAUCAAAAUUUGCAUACCUGCUGGAAUCACAGAGUUACUGCAAAACCAAGUGUUAAGACCCUAUUAGUCGAUGCAAGGGUAAGGCAGUGGAUUACACAGCCUAGUUCUUUAUUAAUAGGCAGUCUGGUUCUUUAACAUUCCCGGUGUACAGCGCCGAUACACGACUUUCUUGCCCCUCAUGGGUUAUAAUCUGUACAGUAUCGUUGAGAAAUUUUAUGAUUCCAGUGCCUAGCGCUGAAUUGAACACUAGUCCUCUUUAUUGACCAUCUAGUUGUUUAACCAAAGUUCACUCAUGUGUCCAGUUCGUACCAAGAUGACGUAUGUAUAAUAUAUACGUAAAUGAUAUGUAUUUUUCUGGCGUAUAAUUAAGAAA